GUACGUAUUUGCCUGGGACGUCAUGGAGCCGGUCACUUACUUCAUCACCUACACCACCAGCAUGAUGUUCUUCGGUUACUACAUGAUGACUAAACAGGAUUUCAUCUUACCGCAGGUGCGUGAUCGUCAGUUCCUCAACUUCUUCCACCGGUCAGUAUCUCAACAGAAAUUCAACGUUCAAAAAUACAACGAACUCAAAGAAGAGCUGGCAGAGGUGGAGAUAAAUCUCAGGACUUUGAGGAUGUCUAUUCUUCAACCUGAAGAUCAGAAGCCUCAGAAUCCACCUGAGAGGUCGUGAGGUUCAGCUGCAGACGCGAUGAUUUCUGGUUCGAUUCCUCGAGUGAGAUUAUUUUUACUGCUCCUCAUGGUGUCUCCACGAUCUGGAAUGUUCCAUGCUCGGGCCGCAACAGCCAAUGAGAGCGAGCUCACCCUAACCAGGAAGUGUCACCGACCAGAUGUUGCUCAACUGGAACAAUCCACAGCCAGGAUCUCCUCCGUCUUGUUUUUAUCGUUUUCUAUUUCUCGCUGUUAAAUCAACCACACAGCAGGACAGCCGGUCGACCACGACCAUCGUCCUCCAUCUCCAUCUCACCGUCCUCAUGUCCGUGGUCUCCGUGUUUAACAUCGUCUCGUGUAAAUGGUUUUUUUUGCACAUUUGUCUUCCUGUUUUUGAAAAAUGUUUAUAACACUCUCAUUUUAAUGGUCGUCUGCUUUUUUUAUUCAAAACAAAGUCAAAAUAAAUCACAUUUUCAAAAGUCG